CGCUGAUUGGUCGCCGAGGUCUUUAAAACGCCGAGGUGGGCGGUGGUGCUGGCCACCCACCCCCUCGUGUACCGUUCCGGCCUUCAUAGGUGCUACUCGCUAACAGCACUUGCCCCUACAGUCUGUUCAGGCUACACGGGGGAUCUUUGUCUUUGGGAGACUCGCUGGGAGGUAACAGCCUCAUCCUGAUGGUGGCCUGCGUCAGCCCGGCCGACUCCAAUUUAAAAGAGACCCUCAACACUCUGCGCUACGCUGACCGCGCGCGCAAGAUCAAGAACAAGCCGAUCGUGAACCGCGACCCCAACACGGCCGAGCUGCAGAUGCUCCGGCAAGAGGUUCAACAGCUGCAGGUGCAGGUUCCACAGCUGCAGAUGCAGCUGCUGCAGGCUCGGGGUGGAGAUAUCGUCACGAUGCAGGGUGGUGGUGGUGAGGGACAGGCGGCCAGCGUGCAGUCGGUGCUGGAGCACAACCGCAGCCUGCACGAGGCCAACGGCCAGCUGAGCAGGGAGCUGCAGGUGGGUGUGGAUCACACUGUACACCUCUGUGAGAAGGUCAUCCUGGUGAGUGGUGGUG